AUGAAUUCUACUACACCAGCAGCUACCUUCUCCUUCUCAACACCUUCGUCAUCCAAUCACAGCUUCUUUAAAGCUAGUAGGGAUCAUACUAUCAGCAACGUUCAUGAAGAGAGGCCUAUAUCACUUUCUGCAAGGCCAAGGUUUUCAACUGAGUUCAAUGGAGAAGUUGGAUUAGCUAAGUUUAAAUUAGCUCCUCCUUCUCCAGUGCCUAUCUCCCAUUCUUCCUUCUUCUCUAUCCCCGGAGACAUUAGCCCGACCGAGCUUCUUGGCUCACCGAUGCUCCUUUCAUCAUCUAAUAUCACGGCUUCUCAAGACGCUGAAAAUUUUUCAUCACAUGCCUUCAACUGGAGGAACAACAGUAUUAAUUAUAUGCAAGGAAUAAUGGAGGAAUCCAAGUCUUACUCUGAUAUAUCCUUCCAAACUUCUACAAGACCAGAAAGUUUGCAAGCUUCUUCCUAUCUUCCUUCAUCAAUGGGCCUAGUUACGACUUCAGAAAAACAUGCACAAGGAGAACAUCAACAACUGUGGAGCUACAACCAUCCAGCUGAAUCAAAUUCAACAGUGAUUCCAUUAUCUGCACAACAAAACAAUCAUGAUGAGUCUGUGCACAUCAGUACAAUCAUGGCAGCUCAAGCCCUAAAUGAUCAAAAGGGAGUAGAAGAUGGAUAUAACUGGAGAAAAUAUGGACAGAAGCAAGUGAAAGGGAGUGAAAACCCUAGAAGCUAUUAUAAGUGCACAUAUCCAAAUUGUCCAUCUAAAAAGAAGGUUGAAAAGACAUUAGAAGGCCAAAUAACUGAGAUUAUAUACAAGGGAAAACACAGUCAUGCAAAACCUAAGCCCACAAGAAGGAACUCAUCUUGUUUUGGAUCAGAUCAGACCUUCUUAAAUUCUCAAGUACUUGAUUCUAUAACAAAUGCAGAGAACUCUUCUGCUUCAUAUGGUGAUGAUGAUUUUGAUAUGAACUCUAUGAUGACCAAAUCUCAGGGAGAUGGUUUUGAUGAGGAUGAGCCCGAUUGGAAAAAAAUGAAAAAUGAUUCUGAGAAUGAUGGUUUCUCAAGUAGUAGAAACAUAAAAACACCUAAAGUAGUGAUUCAAACCACAAGCGACAUGGAUGUACUUGAUGAUGGCUAUCGAUGGAGGAAGUACGGGCAAAAGGUGGUGAAGGGGAAUCCAAAUCCUAGGAGCUACUACAAAUGCACAACCGCCCAUUGCCCAGUGAGAAAACAUAUAGAGAGGGCAUCAACAGAUCUAAGGGCAGUGAUCACAGCCUAUGAAGGAAAGCACAACCAUGACGCCCCACCUCCUCGAGGAAAGGGAAGCAUGAUUAGCAAGCCAUUACUCGGCAAUAACUUCUACAGUUUCAAUAAUUUUACAGCGCCUACAAGGCCAAUGGCUCUACCAACCCACAUAAGUCAAGUGGCUAAUGAUUCUUUCUUUGGGUCAAGACAAAACUUUGCAUUGGAUAACUAUGGAUUCUCAAGAUUUGAUAAUUCAGUGGGAUCUUUUUAUGGAAAUCAACAGCAGCAGUAG